GCGAUCGAGCGUAUGGGCGAGCAGAUCAGAAGCGCGUCGAGCGCGGGCGUAGCCGCUCACGGUCUCGUCGACGCGAAGGGGAUUGGCAAGCCCACGACGAUGGGCGACGAUCAAGAGAAGUUCGGCGCUUGGAAUCGCAAGAUGGAGAACUACGUGAUCGGCGUGUACGGAGAGAGUUUUCGUCCCGUUCUUCGGUGGGCUGCAGAAGCCGAACACCCCGUGACGAUCGCGGGGGCUCAGGCGGCGCACGACGGAGUGCCAGAGCUGGAGACAAAGGUCAACCAGCUGUACGCGGCGCUGAUCAGCACGACGGCGGACGGGAGCGAGAGCAACGACCUCGUGACGGGCGCUCCCGAUGGGAACGGUCUCGAAGCCUGGCGGAAGCUCCACCGCAGGUGGGAUCCGACGACAGGUCCGAGGAAGAGGCUGAUCCUGAGGUCGAUCAUCUCGCCCCCGAAGUGCAGCGCGGACGAGCUGGGAUCCGCCUUAGAGAAGUGGAUCCAGCAGAUAGGCAGGUACGAACGCCGCCAAGGAGAAGAUGGUCUAGCCGAGCUGCCGGAGGAUAUCAAGAUGGCGGCUCUCGAGAUGCUCAUGCCUCAGGACAUCGAGAACCACCUCGUCCUCAACAAGCAUCGGCUCGAAACGUUCCAGGACAGUCUGAACGAGGUGAUGACGAUCGUGGAGGCUCGGACCGGCGUGAAGAUCAAGGAGCCAUCGAUCCGUGCCCGGGCGCAUCAUCCGGACGACAUGGACGUCGGGUCAUUCGGAGCCCCGAAGGGCAAAGGCAAAGGCAAGGGCAAGGACGGCAAGAGCAAAGGGAAAGGCAAGACUCAGGAGCCGAAGGGGAAGAGCAAAUCGACGAACGGAUCAUACUCAGGGCACACGGCACCUCGAAACACCAGCGGGCGCUUCGACGGCUACUGUCGGAACUGCGAGAGAUGGGGCCACAAGGCAUCCGACUGCUGGAAGAAAGAGCAGGGAUCGAGUUCGAGGGCUGGAACUGGAUCCGCAACGGGGGCAAGCGCUGGUGGUAAAGCCGGCAGCCGCGGCGGCAAGGCCGGCGGCAAGGCGGCAGGCAGCCUGGAGGAGGAGCCUGAAGCGGAGGUCGCCGCUCUGGACAUGGGCAGCCUGGACUGCCUGGAGCUCGCCAGCGGCAGCGGCCGCGGCGUAGCGGCGGUCGAUCACUCCCCCUUCGCGCAGGACGACUGGAUGAAGUUCAACUGGGACAGCGGUGCAGCUAUCUCAGCAUUCCCUCGGAGCUUCGCGCCGCCGACGGGAAUGAAGGGCACCGGCAGCACGUAUCGCACGGCCAGUGGUGAGCUCGUCCCGGACGAGGGCAGCUUGCAGCUCAAGGCGGAGGACGAGUACGGAGUGCUACGAGCGCUCAAGGGACGCGUGACGAACGUGCACAAGCCGUUGAUCUCGGUGGGGCAGGCAGCAGGAGCUGGACAGUGUUCAUUCCUGGGCCGCAAUGGCGGCUGGAUAUUCCACGAGAAGAGCCCAAUCGGCAAGCGAGUGGUAGGCAUGCUCGAGAAGGAGGCGAAGGCGGCGAAGCACCAGAUGCUGCCGGUCUAUCGCGAGCAGGGCGUCUACAACUUCUACCUCAAGAAGGGCCAACAUGGCUCGGUUGCUCCUCUCGAGGAGGGACUUUCGGCGAAGUCGAAGUCCGAGCUGGUGGAGCUCCUCAGCGGCAAGUCGAAGGAGGAGCUGCUGGAGAUCCUCGAGAAGACAGACUUAAUACCACGGCCCCCGGCGGCAUCGGCUGCGGGGGCGGCAGCGGCGGGGUCGGGACCUUCCGACGCGAGACCGCCGGGUUUUCAGCCAGCGGCAGCUGCUGCGGCCGACGCUUUGCCAGCUGCUCCUGAUGGACAGCAGGCCGACGAGGGCGAGGAGGAGGCUCGCCCGAGAGUGCUGAAGGCACCUCAUGAGCCCUCUCAGAGGGAGAUCGCCGAACACGAGGCGAUGGGACACGCGACUUAUCGCAGCUGGUGUCGCGGGUGUAUUGCGGCAAAGGGCCAAGGCCAGCCGCAUCUCCGCGCACCGGAGGACGACGAGACAGCGGUGCCGGUGGUCUCGUCCGACUACGCCUUCAUGGGCCAGGACGACGCGGACACCAUGCCGAUGCUGGUCCUUAGGGAUCGGCGCUCGAAGAUGAUGGCGGCGACAUUCGUGGAGAAGAAGGGCGACGACGCCUACGCCAUCAAGUUCUUUGCACGCUUCUUACGGAUCCUGGGCUACAGGAAGAUCGUCAACAAGUCCGACGGCGAGCCAGCGAUCCUGCUGGUCAAGAGGCGUGCGGUGGAGGAGGUUCCUGGCCUCGAGGCCAUUCCCCAGGAGUCAGCGCCGGCCGAUCAUCAGGCCAAUGGGGAGAUCGAGGUCGCGGUGCGCGAGAUCAAGAAGCAGGUGCGGGCGCUCAAGAUGGACCUGGAGUCCAAGCUGGGCGUCAAGGUGGAGGACAAGCACCCGGUGCUAGCGCACCUGCCGGAGCACGCCGCAUCGGUAAUCAACCGAUACCGGCGCGGCCAGGAUGGCAAGACCGCUCUUCAGCGGCUCACGGGACGGCAGUGGAGGAAGCCGGCCCCGCUCUUCGGCGAGCGCUUGAUGGCGCGGUUCGCCGGGGAGCGCGCGAGGAAGAACGCGCUGGAGGAGCAGAUGGUGGAGGCACGCUACAUCGGCCACCACCCGCGCGACGGCUCGAUGAUGGUCAUCACGAGCGACGGCGUGAAGAAGGCGGUCGGCUUUCGCAGCCUGCCGCAGAGCGAGAAGUGGAUCACGGCGGGCUGGGAUGGCCUGAAGGGCCUGCCGUGGGACGUGGCUCAGCGUGCGGCAAGCGCGCCGCGGGCCAUCGUCGGACCUGGAGAGGUCGGACCGCCACCAAUUGUGGUGGUGUCGCCGCAGCCGCAGGCGCCGAGGAGGAUGUACGUCCUCAAGGCGGACGUCGAGCGGCUGGGCGCAACGCCGGGAUGCCCAGGGUGCGUCUCGAUCGCCAAGCACGGCCGGGUGCUGGCUGGCCACGCGCACAACGCGGUGUGCAGCAAGAGGAUCUUCGAAGCGCUGGACGCGGAGGAGGCAGGCCGGGAAAGGACCGGCCAGUAUCGAGAACGGAGGCAGGGCCAAGAGGCCAGAGUCCGACCAGCGGCAGCGGCCGCGGCAGGGACCCCUCCGCCGAAGACGGCUCGGAGGAUCACCGAGCCGGUGGCAGCGGCGGCAGCGGCAUCGGCCGCGCCGGCCGCGACCCGCUCGGCAGCAGCGCCAGCCGUGGCAGCCGCGGCGGCGCGCCUGCGAGAGAGCCAGCCGGUAGCACCGGGCUUCGGCGCGGCGGCUCCUUCAGGAGGAGCGAGCUCCAGUUCGGGAGCGGCGCGAGCGGCAGAGGCCGCCGCGGAUGUCGACAUGACCGCGGCUAGGUCGCGGCUGAAGCGCUCGGCAGAGGUGGCCCCGGAUGAUGUGCCGGAGGCCCUCGAGCGCGGUGAUCCACAGCCGGCAGACGUGCCGGUACCGGUGGACAUGGAGGAUCUCGCGGCGCAGCCGGCGCCGGCGGAAGGACCUCAGCUGCCAGCUGGAGUGGCAGUCGUGUGGAACGCCAGUGAGGGGAGGCACAUGCGGGUGCUCGCCCUCGAUGUGGCGUCGAUCGAGCUGGUUGAGCUCGGAGUGCUGACGAGAGCGAAGGCGGAGUUGCUCCCGCUCGUUCGCGAACAGGUCAGUGGCCAUUGGGCCAGCGCCGGCGUGGACAUCGCCGACGAGGAGGUGGACAGCAUCGCCCUAUCGGCGUUGCAGCUGGGCGCCGUGGACGUGGCCGAGGUGUACUCGCCACAUCGGUUCUCGGCUCGGGCAGCGGAAUUUCAGCUGCGCCCGGGCUUCGCGGCGGACCUGGAGGAACUCAAGGAGGACGGGACGCCGUGGGACUUGCGGCGCCCCGAAGAUGUCAAGGAGCUCGAGAAGCAGCAGGAGCGGAUGGAUCCCAUCCUGCUCACGGGGUCCCCUCCAUGCGAGAAGUUCAGCUUGCUGAGGGGCCUGAGUGCCAAGUUCAGGACCAAUGAGCAGGAGGCGGCUGAGAUGGAGGAGGCCAGACACCACCUGAAGGUGGCAGUCGACGCCUACUGGCGUCAGCUCAGGAAGCCAGGCAGGUACUUCUUGCAUGAGCAUCCCUGGAGCGCGCGAUCGUGGAAUGAGGACAUCGUCAAGGAGCUGGUCGCGCAUCCAGGAGUCUUCACGGUCAAAGGCCCCAUGUGUCGGUGGGGCAUGAAGCUCACGACCCCCCGCAAUGGCCAGGAGGAGUUCGUGCGCAAGGAGACCGGAUGGGUCACCAACCAUCCAGGCCUAGCCCGGAGGCUGCAGGGCACUUGCAGCAAUGUGGACGGCCGCGCGGAAUGGCAUCGCCACAUCACGCUCGUGGGCGGCAUCGCGCGGUUCGCGAAGGUCUAUCCACCGAAGUUGGUGGAGGCGGUGCUGGAGGAGCUCAAGGACACGCUGAAUGACGUGGGAGAGCUCAGCACCGCCCAGGUGCAGCAGUCAGGCCCAGUCCCUGUGGACGCGGCAGUGCCGCCCGGGGACUGGACGAGUUACUGGGACGACGUCAAUGGCGGCUACCUGGAGGCGGGCCUUGUGGCCCAGGCUCGCGCGGUCGAGCGCGAGUGGGUCAAGAAGCAGGAGCUGAUCGAGAUCGUCCCGAGGUCUCAGGCUUUCGCCGAGACUGGGCGUCCGCCCAUCCCACUCACGUGGGUCGACACGAACAAGGGUGACGCGGAGAGGCCCAACUACAGGAGCAGGCUCGUCGUGAAGGAGAUCAAGGCGAAGAAGCGCCCUGACGAGCAGCUGGAGGCGUCCGAGGUCUUCUCGGCCAUGCCUCCUCUGGAGGCCAUGCGGUCGCUGGUCUCGCUGAUGGUCACGUGGACGCGGGAACCGCCGCUCCACGUUCAGGAGUCGCUUCGCAAGAAGGGCAGGAAGCCGGGCAACUUUAAGAUCGGCUUCUUCGACAUCAGCAGGGCGCACUUCUACGGGAAGGCGCAGCGGAGGAUCUUCGUGGAGCUGGAAGAGGAGAGUCGCAAGGAGUACGGCGAGGACAAGUGCGGCCUACUCCUCAAGUCCUGGUACGGCACGCAGGGCGCCAGCAAGAUCUGGCAGGGCGACUACACGGAGCUGCUGGAGGAACACGGCUACAAGGCGGGCGUGUCGUGCCCAGCGGUCUUCUACAAGGAGGCGGACGAGACGAGGCUGCUGGGGCACGGCGACGACUUCGCGGUGCUGGCUCAGCAGCAGGACAUCGACAGCUUCGAGGCCACGCUGGGCAAGAAGUACGAAUUCAAGAAGACUGCGAACCUAGGCUUCGACGAGGGCGAUGACAAGCAGGCGGUCUUCCUGAAUCGGGUCAUCGAGGUCAGUGCGGGAGUUCCGCCUGGCGGUGGCCGGCUCUGCCGGCAUGCGAUGAUCGAGCCGGACAAGCGGCACGCGGAGAUCGUGAUCGACGAGUUGGGUCUCAGCAAGGCCAACGGCGUGGACACGCCGACGGAGAAGCGCAGCGCCGACAAGCAGAUGAUGGAUGCGAAGUCGGCGGCGUUGGGAGCAGCGGAAGCUUCGCGCUUCCGAUCCCUCACCAUGAGGGUGGCCUACCUGUCUCAGGACAGGCUGGACUUGGCUGAGGCAUCGAAGACGCUCGCCAGGUCCAUGCAGACGCCAACGGAGGCGAGCUGGCUCAUGCUCAAGAGGGUUGGCCGCUACCUCAAGCGGCAUCCUAGCACGGUGACGGUUUUCACGGAGCAGAAGACGUUCGACAAGAUCCGGGUGUACGUGGACUCCGAUCAUGCAGGCUGUGCAGUCACGCGGAAGAGCACCGGAGGCUUCGUGGCGAUGCUGGGGCAUCAUGUAGUCAAGCACGGCAGUAACCUGCAGUCGACGGUUUCAUUGAGCAGCGGGGAGAGCGAGUACUACGCCCUGGUGAAGGGCGGAAGCGUGGGCCUAGGCCUUCACAGCCUCUUCGCGGAUUGGGGGCUGGACCUGAAGGUGGAGCUUGCCUCGGACUCAUCGGCGGCCCGGGGCCACGUCCAACGGCGAGGUCUCGGGAAGAUGCGACAUGUUCAAUCACGAUACUUGUGGAUCCAGGAGCGUGUUGGCAAGGGCGACCUCUCGAUCGUCGCAGUUCCUGGCAGGAACAAUGUCGCGGACGUGCUGACCAAGAGCGUGGGUGGCUCCCUUUUGAGGAGACACAUGGCUACGCUGAACAUCUGGGAUCGGGCACCGAGCUCGAAUCAGAAGGACAUCAAGUGA